AUGAUCUUCGCGUCAACAUCACGACUCCUGGCGAGCGUCGCUGCGCCGGCCUUCAGCGCACUCCGAAGCCCCUCUGCAGCAUCAUCCUCCAAGCUCGCGUCUCCACUCCAGACUCUGCCUGCAGCCCGCCCCUUCUCAUCAUCAAGCAUCGCAGCAUCGAGUCCGCGGACAAAACACCUCGCACAACACGGCAGCGGCGGCAAGCCCAAAUCGCAUUCGGGCACCAAGAAGCGCUGGUCACCACUCGGAGGCGGUAGCGGCAAGGCGUAUCAGCUCACAUUCAAGCGUGGUCUCGCAGGAAAGAGCCAUUUGAACUCCGGCAUGGCUAGGGAUAGACUCAACAACCUCGGCGGAACAGCGCUGAGUCCAAGAGGCAGGAUCAACAGGACGUUGCGGAGGCUGCUCGGGCCAAGCCUUUGA